AUGGAACCACCAUGCAUUGCUAACAUUGCAAGAGCGAGCCAGAGUCUCCUUGCAAAUUUAUCAGUUCGAUUAGUUGAUGGGGACAACCCAUUUGAAGGGCGGGUUGAAGUGUUUCAUAAUGGUUCCUGGGGAACAGUUUGUGAUGACGAUUGGACACUUAAGGAAGCCAACGUGGUUUGUCGCCAACUAGGGCUGGAUGGAGCCUCUUCAGCGGUCGAGGGUGGACGUUUUGGGAAAGGAAGUGGAAAGAUAUGGAUGGCUCGGGUUAAAUGUUUUGGAAAUGAAAGAAGAUUAUCAGAUUGUUAUUUUCCUGGGUGGGAAAUACACAGUUGUAUGCAUUAUGAAGAUGCAGGAGUAAUUUGUAUGCAAGUUCGACUAACUGGUGGAAGUAACCCAUUUGAAGGGAGGGUUGAAGUGUUUCACAAUGGCUCCUGGGGAACAGUGUGUGAUGACCAAUGGACAAUUGAGGAUGCUAACGUGGUUUGUCGCCAACUUGAUUUCGAGGGUGCUUUGAAAGCAGUCGCGUCUGCUCAUUUUGGUAGAGGAACUGGAAAUAUAUGGAUGGAUGACGUGUAUUGUGUUGGAAAUGAAAGAAUAUUGACAGAAUGUAUACAUGAGGGAUGGGGGAAACACAAUUGUGGCCAUAGUGAGGACGCAGGUGCAAUAUGCAUCAUACCAGUUCGAUUAGCUGGUGGAAGUAACCCAUCUGAAGGGAGGGUCGAAGUAUUUCACCGUAGUUCCUGGGGAACUGUAUGUGAUGACUAUUGGACAAUUAAGGAAGCCAACGUGGUUUGCCGACAGUUGGGUUUCGCGGGUGGAGCUUUGUCCGCGAUCACUUCUGCAGGUUUUGGUCAAGGACGUGGAAAAAUAUGGAUGGAUAUGUUCAGUCAUGCUGGUUGGGGAAAACAUAACUGUGACCAUGUUGAUGAUGCAGGCGUUUUAUGUAUCCCAGUUCGAUUAGCUGGUGGGGGCAACCCAUUUGAAGGGCGGGUUGAAGUGUUUCAUAACGGUUCCUGGGGAACUGUUUGUGAUGACCGUUGGACACUUAGGGAAGCCAACGUGGUUUGUCGCCAACUAGGGCUGGAUGGAGCCUCUUCAGCGGUCGAGGGUGGAGUUUUUGGGCAAGGAAGUGGUAAGAUAUGGAUGGAUCAGGUUGAAUGUUGUGGAAAUGAAAGAAGAUUAUCAGAUUGCUCUUAUCCUGGGUGGGAAAUACACGACUGUAGCCAUUUCGAAGACGCAGGAGUAAUUUGUAUGCAAGCCAACGUGGUUUGCCGACAGUUGGGUUUCGCGGGUGGAGCUCUUUCCGCGACCACUUCUGCAGGUUUUGGUCCAGGAAGUGGAAAAAUAUUGAUGGAUAACGUUGAUUGUCAUGGAAAUGAAAGAAGAUUAAAACUAUGCAAUCAUGUUGGUUGGGGACAAUAUGUUUGUAACCAUGGUGAAAAUGCAGGCGUUUUAUGUAUCUUUUUUGGUCCUCACUAUUCGCCUCCUACUUCUCCUAAAAUUAAAGUUUCAGGUGAAAGAAAUUCACAGCCUUUUGUCAUUGCCAUUAUCACUUUGUCCCUCGUGUUAAUCGUGGUAAUUGGCCUCCUGAAGUGGCAACAGAGGCAAAAAGUACGCGCUGAGAGGAGAAAUGUUGAAGCACGUCUGCAAAGACCUCGACAUGCUGGUACUGCAAUUCGUUCUCCAGAGUACGCACAACCGACUGAACAAGAACAACACACAUACGAGAAAGUAAUAAAUGUGUUUCCAGGAAAGAACACCAAUCUUACAUCCCAAAAUGCUUAG